AUGGCAACGUCUGUCUCUGUUAGAACAACUUCACAUUCAGUACACCAUUCGCUCACCAUUGAUGAGCAAAACCAAUACUAUGGUACGACCAAUGAUGAUAUCAUCUGUAGAGAUUAUCUCAAUGAAAUGACACCUCCUCAAAAACUGCAGUCCAAAGAUGCACUUCAUCGUCAAAAUACAGAUCCGUACAGUGUACCACCACGUGCUUCAUCGGCUACUACCAAACAAAUUAUAUCACCUUAUCUACAGAAAUUACCUCAUUCUAAUUAUAUUCAAACUGUUCUACCACCGCCGGCAUCGGCGCAACAACGACGACAACAACAACGUCGUCGUCGGUCUACCUCUAUGGCUCGAACGCGAGAUGAACAAUUGGAUUCUGCCUAUCAACCAUCCAAUGUCGAUCAUCUUGACUUAAGCACAUUCUUUGGGCACGGUAAUCGUUCAUCGGGUCGUCCAACAAGUGCUCCGAUACGACCUAAUACAUCCACUACAUCAAAAAAACGUACUAAAACGUCAACGCAACGCUCAAGUUCGAAAUCUCAAUCAUUCCUCAUCACAAUCUAUCGCAAUGGCAAUCAUGAAAAGCAUUGUUAUUGUAAAGCCACGUCUUUGAAUGCCAUUUUUCAAUAUGCAACUGAAAAACUUCAUAUGGCAUCGGCUGCUCGUCGUUUAUUUGAUGCCAACGGACAGGAAAUAUAUCGCAGUGAAGAUGUUCAUUCGAAUCAAGAGUACUUUGUUUCCAGUGGAGAAAAUUUCAAAGAUCCCUAUCGAUCAAUUAAAGUUCAAACGGAAUACAGUCUAAAUUCAACAUGGACAAUGAGAGGUUUACAAACGGACACGACGAAACCGAAAUCAUUCACAACAACAGCAGCUAUAUCGAAACGUUUAGACAAACAAAUCAAAACAAGUAUAAAUUUAAUGAUUUUCGAGAAUGGCCUAGGCCACGAUACAAAUGCCUAUCAUAUUUUAAUUGAUUCGCUCGUUAGAGACAAUCUAGAAAAGUUCCUUGAUUAUUCGACGCAACGAUUACAAAUGACUGGACAUGGACGAAAGGCAUUUACUUAUCGGGGUGAUCCCAUCAGAUCGCUCAAACUUUUCUUGGAAUCGGACGAUUGUAAAAUGCAAACUGUAAACGAUGGCAUCAUCUACGGACCAGUUUGGGUUAGCAAAGGCGAGAAAUUUCGUCCAACAGGUGCUUAUGUGUUUCUCGAAUCGCGUUACAAGGAAUGUCAAAGUCAGUUGAAAAUCUACCGGGCUGAGUAUCGAGAAAUUAAGACUGUGAUUAAAAAACGUCAACGAAGAACAAUGAAUGGUAAUGAACAAAGUGACACAGGUGAUGAACUACGUGUGUCAACAACAGAAGGAACCGAUGGAGAAGAUGAGAAAGACAAUCACAAAACAGCUGUUAAAAACAAAAGUCUGUUAUCAAUGACAAAGAAAGAGCUGAAAGAGCUGAAAGAGGCAUCAGAAGCUAAAAUUGAGGAUGUAAAAGAAUUGAUGAAGUUCUAUCAAACUAAGAUGGAAGAAAUUGAGGAUAUGAAAAAGGACGAAGAAAAUUUGGGAGCAAACUUUGCCACAGAACACAUCAAAGAAGUAAAAUUUGAAGAUAAAAUUGUCGGAUUACAUCCAAUUUGCUUAUUUGUGCAUGAAAAUGGAUCAUAUCAUAAAUCGGAUCCAACAAUCUUCUUAAAUCUUCGUAGUUUACCAUCAAAAACUAUCCCACAGACGCCAAUCGAAUAUUUACUCACUUAUUUACAAACAUCGGUCGCCGUAUUCGGACGACAGCGACCAAAACGUGUCUUUGAUAUCAAUGGAACUGAAUUAAAACUUCUCGGACACUUAAAAUCCAAGCAGCAUAUAUUCAUAUCCUAUGGAGAAGACUAUCGACCGGCGUUCGAACCAUGUCUUGCGAUUCAAUUGCAUAGCGUAGAAGUUUAUAACCGAGAAGCUGGGCUGACAUUAUUGAAAAUAUUUCGGACAGACGAUGACAUGAUGGCGGAGAAUGAAAAGCGAUCGGCUAAGCAAGUUGCAGCAGCUUGGCAAGUGACGGACACGAUUCCCGAGAAUGUUAAAACCAUCAAUACCAAAGAUCUUAAAGACGACGAAAAACAAGCUGUCGAAGGCAAACCAAUCGAUGAACGUGUUGAUCAACGUGUCACAUUUCUUACCAAGGACAAGAAAUUGAUCUAUCCUGAAUUGAAAAUCAGUCAAAUCACCGCGUCGAUCGGAAAGCAAAAAUCAUCAGGUGGAAAGCCAUCGAAAAAAGUUUUCUCCGAUACUGAUUUACAAACUUGGUACUACGACAAAGAUGGCUAUAUCUACAACAAGCAGAUCAACACUUUGGUAUUGACAACUAUACCUGAGGAAAACGUUCAGAUGACAUGGACAGCAAGUAAAUUAUCGAAAGCUCAAAAUCGAUCACAAGAACUCAAUGGUUUCCGAGUUCAAUUGCGAAGCCGAGCAACCGAACCAUCGGAAAAGCAAAUUUGGGACUUUACUGCUGAUGGUUAUAUUGUAUCUAGAGCAUAUCCAAAUUAUGCACUGACAAGUUUUGCAACGAUCAUUCCCGGCGAGGACGAGACGUUUGUAGCAGGCGGAAAACGAAUGAAUGAAAACGACGCGUUUGUUUCAUUUGUUGCACUUUGUCCGAAAUGUUCAGCAGAUUCGCCAUUCAUGCAUCGACAGCGUUGGGGUAUUCGACAAACGUCUGGUUUUACGAUUGGCGAUUGGAAGCAUUCGAAAGUAGAAAACCCUAUUUGGCAUAAGAUGGCUUUGACAUGGCCAGUUGAUGCUAAUGGCUCGAUGAUACCUGAUUUACAAUGGCCAAUUGAAGGUUGUUUUAUACCAGGUGUUCCGCCAAUAAAAUCACUUAAAUAUUCUCAAGCACCAGAAACUUUUGUUCCAAUUCGUUUACAAGUUUUGAAAAAUGGAGAACGUGACACUAGCAAGGCAGUAUUCGUCGUUGGACCUGAUAUUUCUAAUCUCAUUCUGGAACCAAAAUCUUCUUCCGAUAUGUAUCGACGUUUACGUAUUCCCGAACCUGAGAAAGAACAACGUGCACAUCGACAAAUCAAACGUAUGGCUGAUGCUCGUCAACGUGAAAUGAAAUUAUUCUUAGAAAACUGUACCACCCUCUGUGGCCUUCCAUUCGCUGCUCGCCGUUUAUUUGAUGAACAUGGCACCGAAUUAUUUGAUUUAACAUCUAUCAGACGCGAUUCCUUGGUCUAUGCAACAUGUGGCGAACAGUGGAUCGAUCCUGAGUUAACCAAAGCUGAACAGCAACGUCGUUUGUUAUUAGCCUAUUUGAGCUAUGAUGUUCGAAUGAUAUAUUUCUACUGUGCGUUGAGAUAUCCGACAGAAUAUGUCGUUUCGACGGAAACGGCUUUGGGUGAGAAUUCACGAUUAGUUCUGAGUAAAUGUGUCUUGACUGUUGGACAACGCAAACGUAUUGUACAAGGUGAAUCAGUUCAACAUGUGAUGGAAAGUAAAGAACCUGUUGAAGCACCAGCAACCGAAGCCGAGCCAAGUGAUGAGACAGCGCAUGAACGCACUCAUAAACGACUUGAUCAUAGAAAUGAAGACAAAUUUCGUUGGCCAUGGGAACGCAUUGCUAAUAAGAGUCUGGAUCUCGGCGGAGACAACGAAGAUAAAACUAAUCGCGAUAGUGAUGAUGAUGAUGUUAUCAAUCCAGGAGAUUUAUCACCGAAACCCAUGUCAACUUUACCGAAAACAGCAUUACUUUCUAUGCAACAAUUUCGUUGGGAUCCAUCGGGUGGUUAUAUCUCAAGUAUGGACGACUCGAACCUGGUAUUUGGUGUCAAAGAAAUCGAGAGUAAAGUAGUAGAUGUCAUAUUAAAACGCCGAAAUCCUGAUGAUAUAUUUCAACGAUGGGUUCUUGUCCCAUCCAAUGAUGGCGAUGCAAAUUCAUCGGAUAUCGAUUUUACUAAACCAUUUUUGAUCGCUUCAAAAGCUCGACCAACGAUGGUUUUAACUGUAUUACUUCCAUCAUGCACUUUAAAUGAAUCAAGUGAAGUUACCAUUUCUUGUAUUGGUUGCCUAGUUACGUUACAACCACGGCGAUAUGAAGAGAAUGGUUGUGCUAAUCAAAAAUGGGCGUAUGACGAAAAACUUGGAUUUCUCUAUCCUUUCAAUGCUACAAUUACCGACCGAGAAAUCACCGCAGCUAAUCGAGCGAAUAUUUGCUCAUAUACAGUGAACUAUGAAGCAUUGUCUCAACCGGGAUUUAAUGUUUCAAUUUUGAAUACAAAUGAUCAGUCUGAAGACGUACCUGUUUGUCUUGCUUGUGCGCAAGCAAUGCGUGGAAAAUAUCGACUAGUUAAGAUCGAACCCGAGAAGAAAUUUCCAUGUGCUAUCGGAAAAAGAACUGAUUUGAAAUUUCAUGGUCCAUUUCAUUGUCUUAAUCAUAAAGUCGAUUUGACACGCGAUGAAGCUGAGAACACACUCUUUCAACGGCAAGAACAACUUGAACAACUUCGACAAGAAGCGAGCGUUCGAAAUAUUGCAAAAGAGCUAGCAGCUGCAAAACAAGUUCAAAUUGUUCAUUUACUUGCUUAUCGAAAUGGAGAUGGCCAUACACGACAAGGCAAAAUCUUAGUUGGUUCAAGCAUUAUCGGUUUGCUUGACCAAGCAACACAUCGAUUGGAUUUAACAAAUGCUGCUCGACGUUUUUACGUCGGUGAUGGUACAGUUAUUCUUAGCAUUGAAGAUCUCAUUGAUUGGGUUACCGAAUAUUACAAAAAGUGCUAUACGAAAUUAUCGAAGCAACCACAAACUCAACUUCUCGAUAAAGUAGAACUGAAUACACCUUUACCACUCCAAAAUCCCGAAGCACAACGACGUUCGAGUACUGAUAGUCAAUCGGAAAAAACGACGUUUUCUGCUAAGAUGCGGGAUAUAAGUCCAAAUAAGCAACAUUUUCAAGGUUUACCAAAAUCUUCGGAUUUAAAACGAGCAAUAAAACAAAAUUCAGCGAAACGAGGACUUGACAUCGAUAUGAAUUAUCUGCUUAAAUUCCCUAUUGAAGUUUGGGUUUCAUCAGGCGAAGGAUUCGUCAAUCCAUCUGAUGUUGACCAACGUCAUAAUGUUCGUAUUGUUCAACGCGAAGAACGCACACCUGUCGUUCAUGAAUUGGAACGGGAAAAGCAUGCCUUACGUCUUAUGAAAGGACGACGCAUUUCGAGCCAGUCGACAGGUGAAUUAGUCAGUCAACAAAAUCCUGAUAUACCUGUUGUAAAACAAGGACAUUGGACACAACGUUCCGAUACUGAACUCGAUCAAGAAGAUAAUGUUGAGAAAAUACAAACAUCAUUAGAUGCAAUUAUCUCGUCGCAACAACCUGAACAUACACGUCCUGCCUCAUCCGCUGCUCUGGAUCGACUUUCUCAACAUUCAAAAUUGAAACGCAUUGCGAUCUAUUUGAAUGGUGACUCGACUGAAUCAGCUGUUCAAUGCUUUGGUAGUAAUCUUCAAGAGAUGAUGGAAAAUGCCAAACAAAAGUUGGGUUUAAUGCAACCAGUUCUAGCCUUAUACGAUGAAAAUGGGCGCAUUAUUGAACGAUUUGACCAAUUAACUCGUGAUCAAUUAGUUUGUGUCUCUACAACACGAACUUAUAUCGCUUCAUCGGAACGUCAACGUGAAGUCGAUAUAAAAGCUGAGUGGGCGCGUACCCGCAACAAAUAUGGCGAUCAAGCCACAGAUAUUCGUGUUAAUUCAACACUAGCAUCAUUUCCUCAUGCUGCCGAUCCAUUCGGUCCACCAUUAUUAACAUCAGAAGAUCGAGAACAAUCCCGUCCAAUGACGAAACCACCACCUGCACCCUAUCGACGCUUAGCUAUUGAACAGCCAGCACCCAAAACUACCACUGUAACGGAAAUUACACCCUCACCCUCAAUGAUGAAAGAUUCAUUGAUGUUGAGUGAUGACGAUGAAUCAAAUAGUGAAAUCGAACGUAUAACUAAUAGCGGAACGGAUGGCAUUGAAAGUAGUCGUCCAAUAUCCCCAAGAAUUGGUACACAACCCAGCAAAAGUCCAUUUUCCCAACUAUUCACAACUGAACGAGCGCCGUCAGUAGCAACAAGAAAUCCACCAUCGACAAAUAAGUCAGAUAGUGAUGAAGAUGAAUUUAUCAAGAUGUUAAGAAAAUAA